AUGUCCUACCCUGAUAUUCCCACAAGAUGUUUUGCUGAUUGGAAGCAAGUCCUUCACGGUUUUUGGCCAGGCAAACCAAAGUUUACAGAAAAAGAUUACCCCACCUUAGAGGGAAAAGUUGUCAUUGUUACUGGUGGAAACACUGGUCUUGGUUACGAAACUGUCAAGUCAUUAGCCGGCUCAACUAAAGCAAAAAUUUAUAUCUUUUCCAGAAGUCAGGAAAAGACAAGCAAAGCAAUUGAAAAAGUCAAGGAUGAAGUUGCAAGAGAGUACAAUGUGCACAAUAGAGAAAUUGGAUUUAUUCAAGUUGAUUUGAGUGAUCUCAAUACUAUAAAGCCUGCGGUGAACGAAUUUUUAAAAAAGGAAGACAGAUUGGAUAUAAUCAUCAACAAUGCUGGUGUAAUGAUGCCACCCCAAGGUUCAAAAACCAAGCAGGGCUACGAAUUACAAAUCGGAACCAAUGUGUUGGGUCACCACUUGUUACAACGUUUGUUAGAUCCUUCACUCAUCAAAACAUCAAAGACCAACCCACCAGGGUUAUCGAGAAUUGUAUGGUUGUCAUCCACGGGCCACAUGCUUGCACCAAAAGGCGGUGUAUUUUGGGAAGAUAUUGGUUUUGAAAAAGUGCCUAAAUUUACCACCAAUGUUAAAAUGCAACUUUAUGGACAAAGCAAAGCUGCGAACUUGAUUCAAGCUCGAACUUGGUCAAGAAAACAUGGAUAUCCCAACGUCAUAAGUAGCUCCAUAUGUCCAGGAUACUUGAGCACCGACUUGCAACGGUAUGCAACCUCAAUGGAGAAUCUCGUAUACAAGCGGGUUUUGUAUCCACAAAGAUUUGGAGCUUACACCGAAUUGUAUGCAGCUUUUUCACCCGAUGUGAAAGAUGGAGACCAUUCAAUUUCAUUUGGCACUCCUGCUAAAGCAAGGGAGGACUUAUUGAGUGAUGAAGUUGGUGAUAAGCUUUGGUCAUGGCUUGAUAAGGAAACUGACCCAUAUGUUUGA